UCCGUUUUGGCCUAACAGUUAUCUGUCACUAUAACCAAAACAAAACAAUAUACAUCAACAGUUAUCUGUCACUAUAAACCAUCAAUUCAUGAAAACAUUAAAAUAACAUUCUUUUUUCCUUUUCUGGUAUUGUGUCACAAAUUUCCAAUCAAAAAUAAAAAUAAAAGUUGAAGAACUUGUACAGUAAAAAAGGAAUUUUUUUUUCCCCCUUCUUCAUGACGAUGGAAUCAAUGCAUUUGUUUCCUCCAUUGUUCUCAUUUUCCAUUGUUUUCUUCUCUUUUAAAUAUCCCCUUUUUCUCAAAUUCCAUUUUGGUGCUACAGUGUGAAAGUAGCUGUGAAAAUGGUGAUUCCAUCGGAUCCGGGUCGGGUUCGGAUUUCGAGUUUGAGCAGUAGUGAUCUGUGUUUGAAUUCGAUCGGGUUGAAUGGUGGGUUGUUUCUAGAAGAUUCGGCUCCGAGAUCAUUCGUGUCGUUGAUUGGGAACCAGAGUUUGUGUUCUUGGGAGAAUCGGCGCAGAGGGUUGGGAUUGGAGGUUCGCGGCACCGGCGGACGGUUUUUGUCGGUGACGGUGUCAAUUAACGGCGGUGGGAAUGAAGGGUUUCAGGAGGAUUCCGGUGAAACGGCGGCGGAAAGUGAAAUGCUAGUGUGUCGGCGGCAAGUUGAAAAGGUGGAUGAGGAGAAGAAAGUGCUAACCGGUGGAGGGGCAGCUUUGAAUACUACUAAGCAUCUAUGGGCUGGAGCUGUUGCUGCAGCUGUCUCAAGAACUUUUGUUGCUCCUCUUGAGAGAUUAAAGCUGGAGUAUAUAGUUCGUGGUGAGCAAAAGCAUCUUUUGGAGCUCAUCAAGACGAUUGCAGCCACUCAAGGCAUCAAGGGAUUUUGGAAAGGGAAUUUUGUCAAUAUUCUACGCACGGCACCGUUUAAGGCUAUCAACUUCUAUUCGUAUGAAAAAUACAGGGAUCAUCUCCUUAACUUAACUGGUAAUGAGGAGGCAACUAAUCUCGAAAGAUUUGUUGCUGGUGCUGCUGCAGGAAUUACAGCCACUGUGCUCUGCAUACCUAUGGACACUAUUAGGACAGUAAUGGUAGCACCUGGGGGAGAAGCAUUGGGAGGCUUAAUUGAUGCUUUCAGCCACAUGAUUCACACUGAGGGAUUCUUCUCUCUUUACAAGGGCCUAGUUCCUUCCAUCAUAAGCAUGGCACCUUCAGGCGCGGUUUUUUAUGGUGUUUAUGAUAUACUAAAAUCAGCUUAUUUGCAUUCACCAGAAGGGAGGAAAAGGCUACAAAAUAUGAAACAAGGUGAAGAUCUAAAUGCAUUAGAUCAACUGGAAUUGGGUACAGUUAGAACUUUGGUAUAUGGAGCAAUUGCUGGUGCUUGUUCUGAAGCCGCUACAUACCCAUUUGAAGUUGUGAGGAGACAGCUUCAAAUGCAGGUCCGGGCCACCAAGAUGAGUGCAUUGGCAACUAGCUUGAAGAUAUUUGAGCAAGGUGGUAUUCCUGCCCUCUAUGCAGGAUUGACUCCCAGCUUAUUACAGGUUUUGCCAUCAGCUGCCAUAAGUUAUUUCGUUUAUGAGUUCAUGAAGAUUGUUCUGAAAGUAGAAUAAAUAUGAGAUAUGAUUGCCCAAAAUCCAUUCAUGUCGAUGAGUGCUAUAAGUUGACGCUGACAAGUGGUGUACAAGUUAAUCUCAAGGGCCUUUUUGUAUUGUGUGGCCUGAACACAGUGGUGGGAAUAAUACAAUCUCAUUUAGGAGGUAUUAAAGAAAUUUCUUGUUAGUUAGGCUUUUCCUUUGUAUCUUUCAAAAGGAGGAAAAUUGCUGUAGCUUUUCUUUCUCCAUUUAUAUCUAAUGAAUUGUGUGAAGAGUCUUUUCUCUA